AUGGCCGAUCGGUCAGAACCAUUAUUGUCUCAUCUCGCCGAUGAUCAUGAAGUCAACAAAAAAACCAGAUCAGAAGAACUGACUUUCGACAAGAUCGUCGAAGAGAGUCUAUCUGAUUUCGAGUUCUGGCAAAUUUUCCAGAUAAUCCUCGUUGGACUCGCUUUGCUCUUCGAUGCUCAACAGAUCUUCAUCACCGUUUACACAGACGCGUACCCCAAGUGGCACUGUGUUAACCACAUGAUCUGUGAUCCUUCGGCUUCCGACAUCUGCAAGCUUCCAAGAUCAGCCUGGGAAUGGGACGGUGGUUCCAAGGGCAGAUCCGUCAUUUCAGAAUUUGGCCUCGAGUGCUCGAGCUCAUUACUCAGAGGUAUGCCUAGUUCUGCUUUCUACAUCGGUGCAAUUGUUGGAGGAUUUUUGCUAGCUUUGAUCCCAGACGAUUCCUUGGGUCGGAAGAAACUACUUGUCUUCUCAACCUUUGCAAUGUCAAUCACUUCCAUAUCCGUUAGCUUCUCAACCAACUUAUGGAUCUACGCAUCGCUGAAAUUUUUCAUCGGAUUCAUGCGUUCUCAGACCUGGUCAUACGCGGUGGUUCUCAUCAGCGAGCGAGUCUCCACGAAAUGGAGACCGAGAGCUACGAUGAUUCCAUUCGCCCUAUUCGUUUUAGGGUUUAUGUCAUUGUCUGGAAUCGCUUACCUUGCUCAACACUCUUCAUGGAGAUUUCUUUAUAUAUAUACAGCAGUUCCCGCAGCAUUCUACUGUAUCUUCCUCCACGUUUUCACACUGGAAUCACCUCGGUGGCUUCACAUGCAAGGCAACGACGAAGAAGCCAUUGAUGUUCUCAAAAGGAUGUCACCGAAGAAAAUAGCCUACUUGGAGUCAAUCUCUAAGUUACCCCUCCAGCACGAAACCUCUGAACAAGGGCCAAGUUACUCGAUCAAGGACUUCUUCAUCCGGAAAUGGGCUUUUCGGAGGAUUAUGGUUGUUAUGAUUAUCACGUUUGGGUUAGGAAUAUCGUAUUACGGUGUUCCGUUAGCAGCUAGAGACAUAAACGUCAACAUCUACUUAAGCGAAACCCUAAACGCAUUGGUGGAGUUACCUACUUUCGUUAUCACUCCGAUCUUGCUGGAGAGAUUCAACAGAAGAAGCUCUCUUCUCAUAAACACCUUACUCGGCGGAGGAUCAGGAGUUCUCUGCUUCGUUCUCAGCGUUCUCGGGAAAACAGGAAUCGCGUUUGCGUUCGAACUGGGGACAUUCUUCUGCGCAAGGAUCGGAUUCAACCUAAUGGCGGUUUAUAUGGUUGAAAUGUUUCCGACUUGCGUGAGAAGCUCCGCAACGAUGAUGUUUAGACAAGCUCUCGUCGUCGGAGGAGCUUGCUGUCCACUAAUUGCUUCGAUCGGAAGAGACUUACCGGCAGUAUCAUUCGCGAUCUUCGGACUCUCCAUGUCUGGUUUAGGGUUAUUCGUUUUGAUUCUCCCUGAGAAAAAAGGCUCAAGUCUCUGCGAUUCGAUGGAAGAACAGGAAAAAAGAGACCAAGCCUUAAACAGUAGCUAUUGUUGA